GCGAGGCGUUCGGGACGCGGCGGCGGGGACGACGACCCAGGCGCGAGUGGAGGCCGAGCCGCGCAGCCCCGGCCCGAGGAGACAUGAGCGCGCGGCCGCCCGCCGCACCCCAGGCGCAGUGGCCCGGCCCCGCCGCCCCGUGAUGGGAUCCUGCGUGUCGCGAGAUCUGUUCACAAGUGCCCACAAAGACUGCCCCAGGCCCCAGGGCACAGACCUCCUAAAUCGGGACCUGCCCUCCACCCACCCACCUGCCAUUGUUCCAGACCAUGUCGCUGGCAAGGACAAGCAGAUGGAUUUCUGCUGGGAUCCUUGGCAGAGGUGCUUCCAGACCACCAAUGGCUACAUAUCCGACUCUAGAGCCUGCCCCAGCAACUACAGUGUGGCUGCCCUGGCCACCUCAUCCCUUGUGGGCGUGGUGCAGAGCGUCAAGGACCAUAUCACAAAGCCCACGGCCAUGGCCCGUGGCCGAGUGGCCCACCUCAUUGAGUGGAAAGGCUGGAGCGCCCAGCAGUCGGGCUGGGAGCUGUCGCCAGCGGAGGACGAACAUUACUGCUGCCUCCCGGAUGAGCUUCGAGAGGCGCGCUUUGCUGCAGGUGUCGCUGAGCAGUUUGCCAUCACGGAGGCCACUCUGAGUGCCUGGUCCUCUCUGGAUGACGAAGAACUGCAGCCGGAGGACAGUACCCAGGGUGCCUUCCAGCUCCAAGACCUAGAGAGCAUCUACCUUCAGGACAGCCUCCUGAGUGGCCCUUCACAGGACGACAGUCUCCUAGCCUGCUCUCCUGGCCUCACCCUCGAUGACGGCUGGCCCUCCCCAGAGGAGCCCCCAAGCCCCACCCAGAAGCACCGGCAGCGGCUGCCCGGGGCUCAGGGGCCUGACGUCGGCGGAGCCCACUUGCACGGCUCCCUGCCAUCAGUGGACAGUGGCUCUCUCUCAGAAGAAGAGGAUGAAGUGUUCUAUAACUGAGGCCAGCUGGCCAGUCCAGUGUCUGCGGACCCUGCUGGGAGCCAGCUGCACCAGCGCACCCAUCUAGCUGAGCAUCUCUUGGCUCCUCAGUACAGACACAGGGUGGGGUGUGGCAGGGAUGGUGGCCGUCAUUCUUGUGGACCACUCAGUGCCUCCGUGGACCUGCCCUCAAUCUUUGGAGGCCCCUGCUCUGUGCUUGGCCCCUCCAGGGUCUCUGCCCACAGCCUGCUCCAGGACUCGAAUCGGAUACCAAGGCAACAAGCCCCAGGAGAGCUGACAGUCGGCCCCCGGAAAGAUGGGGAGGAUCAUCGACCUGGGUUCAGCCCCUCCCCAGUCACCCUGUGCAUUUGUCUCAUGGAAGGUGGGACCUUUUCUUCUGGUCAUGCCAUUCCUGGACUCUCUUCAGUCUCUGGACAGUCUGUCUGUCCUUCCCCUCUUAUGUGGUUCUUCUGUGACCCCCAAGCUCCCCAGCCAAGAGGACCCACGUCUCCUCCCUCACACCCCCUUCCUCUCCUACAGAGAUCUCUGAUGAUAUUAAAGUAGUGUGUUCAUUCUG